UUUUCAGUACCAACUAGAAAGUCCAGUUCGACCGACCGAGAUGUCACAGGAGCAUGACAAUAAGCGUGCGGUCCUGGUUCUCCAGAACGAGCCGGGCUAUGGCGGCCAGCGUCGCUCCUUCACCACAGAAGACGAAGCCUGGAAAUCCUUUCUGGAGAACCCGCUGACAGCCGCCACCAAAGCCAUGAUGAGCAUCAACGGUGACGAGGACAGCGCCGCAGCUCUCGGCCUGCUCUACGACUACUAUAAGGUGCCCAGGGACAAGAGAACAAUAACCCAAAACAAGCCAGAAGCCCUGGUCUGUGAUGUGGAUCCCAACAAAAGACACCAGCUCCAGGCCGGACACUCCAUAGGCCAGCUUCAGGAAGCUGGUUUAGAGAACAGGAUCCAGGUCCUCAAGGGCCCCUUCAAUAUCCUUCAACUGGCCCAGGACAAGAGGGCCCAGUUCCCCUCUCCAGACACGACCGUCACUGUUUCCAUCGCCGCGGUGCCAAACUACCCAACGGUCAAGACAGAGGUUCCCACCCACGGCUUCUCAGUCACUGUGCCUAACGACUGCGCCGAAAACGACGGGCACGUGAGUGUCUUUGAUCGCCAGCUUGCCCACAAUUCAGUCCAGUUCAGCCCCAGCACCCAGUCCCGCACGCCGCCCGACUCCACCUUCUCCGAGAGUUACAAGGACGGUUCCCAGGAGGUGUUUUCCUUCCCAGGGGAUCUCCAGUUACGUAUGGCCACCAUGACGCCUGAGGACUACACUCAGUUUAACACCGUGCCGGGGAAUAACUUUGAGUACACUCUUGAGGCGUCCAAGUCUCUGCGCCAAAAGACAGGUGACGGGACGAUGACGUACCUCAACAAGGGCCAAUUUUACCCGAUCAGCCUCAGGGAGAUUGACAACAAAGGCAUGCAGCAACCCAUCACCAAAGUCAGGAGUGUAGUGAUGGUGGUGUUUGGAGAAGAGAAGUGCAGAGAUGAUCAACUGAAACACUGGAAGUACUGGCACUCCAGACAGCACACUGCCAAACAGAGGUGUUUGGACAUUGCUGACUACAAGGAGAGCUUCAACACCAUCGGCAACAUCGAGGAGAUUUCCUAUAACGCUAUAUCUUUCACCUGGGACACCAACGAGGAGGCCAAAAUCUUCAUCUCCGUCAACUGUCUGAGCACCGACUUCUCCUCCCAGAAGGGUGUGAAGGGUCUCCCUCUGAAUCUGCAGAUCGACACCUACAGCUACAACAACCGCAGCAACAAGCCCAUCCACCGCGCCUACUGCCAGAUCAAAGUCUUCUGUGACAAAGGAGCCGAGAGGAAGAUCCGAGAUGAGGAGAGGAAGCAGUCCCGCAGGAAAGGCAAGGUCGCCGAGCUCAACCCCGGCCUGGCCUUUGUGGAUGUCAAAGUUCCCAUCCUCCAGAAACGCAACGACGUGACCAUCUUCAAGAUGAUGAGCGACCACGAGACCCAGCCUGUCCUUUUCAUUCCUGACAUUCACUUCUCUACCUUUCAGCGCCAUCCUUUCCCGACAGAAGAUGGAGAGGACAGCUCGGGGAUGAAGAGAUUACCCUUCAGUGAUGAUGAGUUCGGUUCGCCUCCAAACAAGAUGGCAAGAGGGGAGGAACCAAAGAAAGUCCUGCUGUACGUGCGCAAGGAGACGGAGGAGGUGUUUGAUGCCCUCAUGCUGAAGAAUCCCACGCUGAAAGGCCUGGUGGAAGCUAUUUCAGAGAAGUAUGAAUUACCUUUGGACAAGGUUGGAAAAGUCUAUAAGAAGUGCAAAAAAGGGAUCCUAGUCCACAUGGACGACAACAUCAUCAAGCAUUACUCCAACGAAGACACCUUCCAGAUCACCAUGGAGGAGAUGGGCGGCAUGUACAAACUCACCCUCACUGAAAUCUGAUUGGACUGGAGGAGGUGACGUCACCCAGAGCAGAGGAAUGGAGGGGAAUGAAAUGGAGCCUGUCAUGAGUAGUGGUUUACAUGUCUAGCAAUGCAGUGAUUAUGGACUUCUGAAACUUAAAUCAUGUCAUCUUUGCGCUGUUUUUAAUGCAGCUUUUAAAAGUCCACAAGAGGUAUUUGAAAAAGCUCUUAAUUGGCCGCAAUGUUGAUUCGAUAUGUAAGUUAUACAUUAUGAUUAAUUUUGAAAACCAUUUAUGUGCAUCGAAAUCAACAAGUGAGUACAGGUUUGAUUGUUAUGACACCUUAUUUUGUAUCUAGUAAGUUGCACCUCAGAUAAUUGUGCCUGUUUUUUGUAAAUUUUAUGUGCAGAGCGAUUAUGGUGCUGCUAUACCUCAUGCUAUGCAAGCAGCAGUGUUUCUUUUUAUGAGGAGAAACGGCUCGUCUUUCCCUUCCUUAAGCCAUAGCACUGAUAAUUACAAUCUGUAAAAGUUGGGUAUUUCACACACAAAAUGAAAGCAAAUUGUUGAUGGAGCCCCAGUGGUUCAGUGUAUUAAUACUAAACAACGAGGCAGUAUUUAGUGUGUAAACUCUAACCAUCAUAGAACUAGAUAGAAUGUAGAAUAAACUCCAUGUUUGUUGUAUUAUUUUAGCUUAGAAUACAUGUUUGUGAAUGAAAUGACUUAAAAGAUGUUUUUUUUGUCAGAUCGAUAUAAAUAACGGCCUCUUUGUAAGUAUUAAAAAGCCACUAAAUAUUAUUGAUAAUGUUAAAAUACAGCUACCAUUCCCCUGUAGGGUAGUUUUGUGAAUGUUGGUAAAAUAGGUCAAUGGUUCAGUUAAUGCAGAUUGUUCUAGAAGUGCAAUAUGAUAUUUUGGUUCAGAAAAUGCACAUUCAGAAAAUAAUUCCUUUGUUUCCAUGACUACAACAUUAUCUGAAGAUUUUUUUUUUUUUUAAAUGAAAAUAUUGUGUAUAUAUAUAAAAAAAAUAAUGGAUCAGUAUGAUCCCUCCUUUUGUAUCUCAGUACUUAUUGUGUAUAUAUUUAUUAAGAGAAUGGAUGUGGGUCAUUGUUUUUGUUUUGUUUUUUAACAUAUAUCCAAAUUAUUCCUAUUAAUAUAAUGUUUUUUUUUCUUUUUAUAUGAAGUUCUUCCAACAUUACAUGUCAAGGGACAAAAAGUUAUUAACAUGUGUUUUUAAUGAAUGUUUCUUUUUGUACAGGAUUUGAUGCACAAAGUGCCCAAUAAAGGCUCUCCAGUAGCUUC